AUGAAAGUCAAAAAGUAUCACGUCAUUCCCUAUGUCGAAGGAGCAGCUGUCGAAUCUGCAAAGCGGUUUCUGGAAAAGAUUUUAAACGAUCCAAACUUGGAUGCUGGAGAAAAGUGUAAAUUUUAUCAAGAUGUCUUGUAUCGCAUCAAACACCUUAAUGAAUUACCCAUUGUUAAUCAAGAAAUUUUGACAAUUUUGAAGAAAAAUGCAAUUACUGCAAAGACAGAAAUUAAACCAGAAGUGAAAUCCGAGUUUGAAACCGAAAUGCCACCUUUUCCACAUUAUGAUAGUGAAACACCCGAGGAGAUUGUCGACCAAAGUGAUGAUGAAGAAUAUACUAGUGUCGAUGAUUUUCCUGUCGUACAAAGAAAGCGAAAGACUAGUGAAAGUGGACCGCCUACUGAGAAAAGGUAUCUAGCAAGUGUUGAUGACGAAACGUCUAGUGUUAAAAAUGAAUUGCCACGAAAACGGAAAACAAAACGACCAAAAUUAGUUAUGCGCGUCUUGAAGAAAAAACCAUCAAUCCCAAUUCAUGAAAUUGAGCCUGGGGCAGUUUUUAAAACUGACAAUGUCGGGCCAUUGCAUCAAUAUAGAGGAAAAGAUUACCGCAAAGUUCCACACCGUGUUCCGGGAAAACGAGAUUUGAAACGUUUCAAAAUGGGCCGGAAAUUGGAAGAGUAUAAAAUGCUCAGGCACAGAAAGCGCAAAUCUAGAGAAACACUUGAAAAUGAAGCAAAAAGAAAGAAAGAAUUGAAUGAUAGCUCAGAAGAGGAGGAGGAGGAUACAAAACCCAAGAGAGAACCAAAGCAAGAAAUCAAGACUGAAUUAAAGAAUGAAAUCAAACGAGAGCCAAAACUUGAAAUCAAGAGUGAGAAACCUAUAAAAAAAGAAGAAAUUCACGGUUCUGGUCCUAGAAUUCAUUGUCGUCUGUGGAAGUUUCUAUAA